AUGGUGUUUCAAUCUGAAGAUGAAGACGUCAUUAAAAUUUACAAAGAUCAUGCAAAAUUAAGUCAAAAUUUGAACUUAUUUUUCAUGGCGGUAGGUUAUUUAACCACCAUACCUUUCUACGUUAUACCUAUGUACGCUGAAAAACAACACCCAGAACUAUACACACCGAAUAACGUAACCGGAAAAAUCGACAACCAGCGCCCCCUGCCGUUUUCUUCAUGGUACCCGUACGAUACCAAUGACCAUUACGUCGAGACUUUUGCCUGGCAGAUAUUCACAGGGCCUGUGAUAGAGGGGUUUGUGGUGUACACAGAUUCCUACCUGUAUAGUUUGAUGGUUUUCGCGGUGGGGCAGAUGAAAAUUUUGCAACAUAUUCUCGGAAAUUUUAAAUUGUACAGUAAGAAAUUCCAGGAAAGGUUAAAUGUUAAUGAGGAGCGUGCCUCACAAGUCGCCAUUAAAUCAUGUAUUUUGUUUCAUCAAGAAAUAAUUCAGUACGUGGAAGAGCUGAACCGGGCUGUUCGAACUGUGAUGUUAUUGGAUUUUAUUUCUUGUUCCAUUCAAAUGAGCGUUAUUGUUUUUCAAAUUAUUAUGAGUAAGGCCAUAUCGAAAUCCGUAGGAAACUCCGAAUGGUAUAACGAAAGCAAAGAGGUUAAACAUGACUUGCAAGUCAUUAUAACGAGAGCGCAAAAGCCGCUAACCGUAUCGAUAGGCACCUUUUAUCCCAUGUCGACGGACACUGCGAUAGCGAUCUUGAAAGCAACGUAUUCCUAUGGAAUGCUAAUAAGGCAAUCGUACAAUAGAAAACUUUAA